CCUCCUCAUCGUCAACUGUGCUUUUACGAUCGGUCUACCGCUGGACAUGGGCCUCACAAGACUAGAAAUCACAGCUUCUCUCGGUCAGCCGGCAAACCUCGGUUGCUAUGCCAACGUAACUAACACAACUUCCUUAACCUAUUCCUGGGCAAAAGACAAUUUAACUGUCACGCAAUCCUCAAACAUUAGAGUCUAUGAUAACGUACUGGUAGUAACUCCAUCGAAAGAAUCAGACUUUGGAAUGUAUGAAUGUCAUGUUACUGACGGCGUGACAAUCACGAAAUGCAAUAUUACGUUGUUACCGGGGUGCAAUAACACUGCUAAUAAGGAAAAUCCUCAAGGAAAAGUGGGAUGCGCUAAUAUUUCAGUACUGAUGCCAGUGUUGGCGAUUGUCGUCGUGUCGCUUCUUUUGAAUAUUCAUUUUUUUAUUCGAUGGAAAAGAAGGAACAGGAUGGAGCUCUCUGAGGAGGAAAUUAUGCAACUGCAGGCAGCCCUGGAACCUGUUGCAUUUGAUGAGAGAACUGAAGAGCCAGUUGAAGUAAAGAAAAAGACACCUUUGCUUGGGCGACUUAGAAAACGUCGGAGAGGAAAGAAUGAAAAUGAUCACCACCUUGAAGAAAACGAGAAGAAUCAUCCGGAAACUGUUUGUGACAGCGACUCACACGGCCGACACAGAGAAGAACCUAUUGAAAUGGAAGACAUCCAAGACAUUCCGAGUGUGGCCGACAUCAAAGCCGCCGAGAAAAAUGACGACACAGCGCCUGCACCUUCAGAUGAAGACCGCAGACCAGCAGUACUAGAACCUCCAAGGAUGGCAGAUUUCUUUCAAACCGCGGACGACGAAAGCGAUUUAAUAGCACCUCCUUCAAAUGUAGCCCAGGAACCACCUGAAGAGGACACGCUAAGGAUAGCAGAUUUCUUCAAAGCCAACGACGAAAGAAAAGACGAUUCGGCAUCUGAGUCUUCAGGCACACCUCGGAGGCCAGCGGUAGCAGAACCUCCGAGGAUUGCAGAUUUCUUCACAACGACUGACGAGGAAACUGACGACACAGCGCAUGCUCCUCCGGAUACAACCCGCAGUUCAACAGUGGUGGAGCCUCCGAGGAUUGCAGAUUUUUUUGUUCCUGAUGACGAAACUGAUGGUGAAGGUAGUGGCCGCGAAAGCAUGGACUCUGAACAUCCGCUUGUCAGCCAUUAUGUGGAGAGAAUGGACUUUCAAGGAAAAGACGAAAGUGAUGAUGAACCGGUUCUUAAGUAAUUUAAACCGGUUUGGACGCCAUAUUUGAGGGUGAGGAACGUCACCAAAAAGUAGUCUCCAUGGCCAUGUACAUUUGGCUCGGCCGAGUAUAUCCGAGUCGUUAGUAGAAUGGGGGACACUCUCCUCGCUGCUCGGAAGAAGACUGACCUCGCAAGCCACCAAGACGUUGAUUGUUUUUACAGCUAAUCACCGUGAUUUCUUGGCCAAGAUUCGGCGGAUUCAAGGCCCGAAGUUUAAUCGGGAAAACACGGUACCUAAUUAAUUUGUGCUCUAACCCGUGCCAGGCGCGCUAUUUUGUAGGGAGGCAAAAAUAAGGAACGGAAAUUAGAAGGGGACUGGAAAGAACUCAGCGCUAUAUUUAUGCGUUCUCCUUCAAUUAUUUCUCCGAAGGUCUUUCCCGUUCUGUCACAGUUAAGAGAAAAAAAAAUCUCCUCAAUAUUUUCACAAUGAUGGAAUAAAUUAUUGUAUAGCUUUUCAUAUUUUCCAAAAAUCGGCUGAUUUUUGAAGAUUACUUGGUACCAGUCUUCUACCCGGCCUGGUUCCAGAGGUUUUCUCUUUUCUAUUUUUUAAUUAAAGGAAAGUUUAUAUGCCUUACAUCCUUUACGUCGUCAAACUUUACAAUGCGCUCAGAAAUUAGGCUAGGCAGGGAGCUCUUUUAAAGAUCUCCCGAAAUAGAUAUUAUUGUAGUAAAUUAUUAUAUAAGGCCUAAGAGAGAGUGUCUCAAAGAGAGGUUGUUUUUCUCUCGCCUCUUUCGACUGUUUUGAAGGCUUCUUUCGCUCAGCAGAAGAAAGAAGCAAGGGGAUCUCUCUGACCAUCACUAAGGAAGCAAUCUUCCCUCUAUUUCAUAGAUUUUCGAGAUAGAGGUACCGGAAUAUCGUAGCCGAAAAUAGGGGGAGAGGGUUGGGGGAUCUUUUGGGGCAUCUUCGUCAGUUGCUAUGUUUUUCCAAAAAACUUGAUGGAGAAGAAGAGUUGUGUGACGCAAAGAUCACAGUUUUAUACAUUUUGUAGGAAAACUAGGGAAUAGACUAUCUGGAAAUGUGCCUUGUUCCUUUGUAAAGAAAUGAUACGCUAUGGCUUUUAUCAGAAAUUGUAAUUGGUACUUAGCCAUUCGUGUGUUGUGUAGAGUUUAAUACAGAAGAAUUCAUAUGUCUGAAGAAAAUAAUAUACCAAAACGAAGUAACGCCUAAGUCACUACAAAAAGAAAGGUCGUUGUUUUACUUGUUCCUGACCUGUUUUACAACUUGUAUUCUUCAGCGGUCUGUGCUGUAUAGAGUUUUGUACAUGAUAAUCUACAUACCAUGACGAAAAUAAGGUACAAUGUACCAAAAUGAAUUUUUGCUCAAGUUACGACGAAAAAAGAAAGGUCGUUGUUUUAACUUGUUCCUGACCUGUUUAACAACUUGUAUUCACAAACUUUGAUAUUUGUCCGCGGUUGUAUCUAGAGUUUUUUGCGUAAGGAAGAAAAUAAUGUACCAAAAUGGAUUAAUGCUUAAGUCACGGUGAAAAAAAGGUCGUCGUUUUUACUUAUUCCUGACCUGUUUUACAACUUGUAUUCACAAACUUUGAAAUUUGUCUGCUAUUGAAUGGAGUUUGUAAUGUAAGAAGUUACAGCCAUGAAGAAAAUCACGAUAACGGACCAAAUGACGUAAUGCUUAAAUCACUAUAUAAAAAGAGAAACGCCUUGGUUUUUACCUGUACCCAAUCUGCUUUACAGCUUGUCUUUCACAAACUUUGAUAUUUCUAAUAAAGAGAUGAUAGAUCAAGGACAUAAA